AUGCUUGACAAUACUAUCACGAGCCAAGACGCCGAACAGGGCACAUACAUCCUCGAUCUUCCGCCCGAGCUUUUGCUGCACAUACUAUCUCUCGUGUCUGCCCGUGAUAUACUAGCUUUUAGGCACACUUCCAAACGCGGCGAUGCUAUCUCUCGUGAUCAUACACUUUGGCUCGACCUCCUUCGUUGGCAACGCGAAUACCUCCCCCUGCCGUCAAUCGUCCGGGAUGACGCCAACCUGAUCACCCUUGACUCCAUAUCGCUUGAAGGCUUGGUUGUGUCGGCACAGAAGUCCUGUGGCAACUGGUUGAAGAGUCGCCAGCGGCCUUUGUACCUAGGCGGAACCCCAGACGAACCCAGCGACAUUCUCUAUCUAGACAUACUGCUAGAUGAGUUCGUCAUCUGUGUGCAUAGCAACGGGUCCAUCCUCGCAUGGAAAGUGGACGACAUUGCCCACGAUGAAUCUCCGGCUCUAUCUUGGGAGCUCUGGGCCGACGAGCCCUACACAUCUGCCUACGCGUGCGUAGAUGAAGCUUCGAAGAUCGCGUACGUCGCUGUGACUCGCACUCAACAUCCGACGCAAACCGGAUCGACAACCUCGCUCGUGACCUUGCACCUAUCACUUGAACCCAGCUCCAUAGCUGAGCCCGAAGAUGAUGAGAUCUCCUUCUGUGGUGCUCAGGGUCAAAUUGUACGCGCAAUCGACGUCCGUAGGCAGCUCAUUGCCUUCUCUCGCGUGUCUUUCAUAGACGUCAUUCACUGGCCGUCAAAGACUGGCAUGUCUAUCAAUACCCAUACCGACGAUCUGGAGGAACUGGUGAGUUGGAACGGCAUCAUCGGCCUCAGCUUCGUGGAUGACCGACUGCUGUGUAUACGAGCUCGUUCACUGGAGCUUUACCCUCUCGCAUUUCCAUUCCCAGAACAUGCGAGCUACACCGUGCCAUCCUCUCUGGAGCCCGAGGAACUACUCGUGGUACCAUCAGCCGCUCUUAUCCGCCCCGUAGCGGUGUACAACUUCAUCCGGACGAACUUUCGCACUCUGUCGCUAUCAUCCGUUAGCGUGAAAGAGUUCGAUCAGCCCGUUUCAACAAGGACGACGACGCUAUUCCUGCUCGGGAACGAUGUGCUACGCGGAGUAUACCAGUACCGCAUCGAUAUCACUGACGUCAAUGGACGACCGGAUGACACCGAUUUGACGACAAUACUGCCGAAUCUGAACGUGUCGCUACUGUCAAUGUACACGCGCCUGGAUGGAUUCGUAGUAGCGGUUGCUCUUGGACCGCAAGGACGCCGAGGUGCUCUGAUAGAGCGCACUAGGAGUUCCACCGCGCGACGCGUUUUGGCGUUCACCUGCCCACUUACAACGACGGCACCGUCAAGUCCUUCGUCAGCGGGCGGCUCCGCUGCCGGAGCGCUUACCGCAGAGUCCGAGGGGAAGAGCGAUGAUGACGAACAGGAUCCUGUGCUUGUUUCAAUGCGGGAUCUGCGACCACUGGAUGUGGUAGAUGUGUAUAACAUCCAUUCCCUUGACUUGCGUCAAGACAUACUGCACCUUGCUUUCUCGGAGGUUACCGGUCGCAUCGCGCUAGGGACGCGCUCAGGCGAUGUACGCCUGAUCUGA